CUGAGCUUCCCCCAAAAACAACCAACCAAAAACCAACUAAAGAUGUUCAAAUUCGUUGCCAUCGUUGCCCUGCUGGUCGCCUCUGUGAGCGCUGGCCUGAUCGAGACCCACCAUGUUGUGCAUGAGCCUGUCCUGGCGAAGAUUGGAACCGUGGUGCACUCUGCACCCUCUGCCGUUUCCCACCAGAGCAUCACCCAGGUGCACAGCAAGUCCUACAUCCAGCCCGUGGUUGCUCCCGUCCUGAAGACCACCAUCCACUCUUCUCCCGCCGUGGCUGUCCAUGCUGUGCCCGUUGUCCACCACGCUGCUCCUGUCGUCCACACCGUUCACUCCGCUCCUCUGGUCCACUCUGUGCCUGUGGUGCACUCUGCUCCCCUCUUGAAGACUGUGGUGCACCAUGCUGCUCCUCUGGCCUACACUCUGCACCAUUAAGGACGGACUCCCCAGACUCCAGAGAAUCUUCAUUGUGAUAGAAUAUUUACGAUUUUUUGUUUGAAUAAAUGUUUUUUGUUUUUGCCCAUAACAAGUUAA